CAUAAGCCGAAGGGUGGAGCCAUGCAGUUUUGGCCUCCCGUUAACGUGAAAAGGCGGAGCGGAUGCAUGGCCAUGCUGGCAACUGCGCCACUGCAGCAAGACGACGGCGUCGACGUCAGCCUCGCCACACCGCUGGCGACGGGUGGAGAAAUUGGGCCGCGAGACGGCUGCGGAGCGGGGGCCACUGCCGGCGACGAGGGCAGCUUCACCAUGCCCAUGGCGGCCGACAGUCCGCUGGUGCCGGCGACGGUGUGCCCACCGGCGCCUUGGAAGUCAGCACCGGUGCCGACGAGGAAGCGUGCGCCUUUGCAGCAGCGGCUCUUCUACCCGGUGCCGCGCCACUUGACCACCGUGUUCGUGGCUGUGCCGCAGUGCCCGCCGUCCGCCAAGAAGAUGCGGGCGCACGUGGUAGAAUCAUCUGUGCCUCUAGGCACGUGACGAUGCUGCUCCCGACAUCGGCUGCGUCACACCCAAGGCACGCGACUCCAUGGCCAUGCUGCCCAUGCAUGGCACCACUGCAGCAAGACCUCGGCGCCGAUGUGAUCGGCCUCGCUACGCCACUGGCCACGGGUGAAAAAAUCGGGCCGGGUGACGGCUGCAAGUAUGGCGCCGCUGCCGGCAACGAGGGCAGCUUCACCAUGCAUGCCGACGACCGCCAAGGGCGCGCUGGUGCCGGCCACGGUGUGCCCGCCGGCGCCGACAAGGAAGCGUCGACCGCUGCAGCAGAGGCUUUUCUACCCGGUGCCGCGCGACCUCACCGGAGUCUUGGUCGCCGUGCGGCAGUGCCCGUCGCCGGCCAAGAAGAUGCUGGUGCACGUUGUCGAACAGUCUGUGCCUCUAGGCAUAUGCUGCCACGCGACAUUGUCCCGACCGCGAGUGCUGGAAA